AUUUCACAUUUUGGCUCGUCCACCAAAGUGGAAAAUAUCUUUUAUGCGGUCCAUUCCCUUUGUUCAAAGUUCAAACAUUUUGCCGGCGGGGGAGAGAGUGAUAGAUAUAGAUAGAUACGAUCAACUCUCUACAGAACUUCUCAAAAUCACUCUCCCUUCCCAAUGCGGGAAUUCUUGAUUCCUUUCUUUCCGAAGUGAGACUUCUAUUCCGAACACUAGGUGAUAAACCCUAGUUUCUCAAUUCGUCGGCCGCAAAAAGCUUCCAAUUAUCCGAUUACUUGUUAUAUGUGCUGCCGGCGAUGGGCUGCAAUUUCAGAUCUCCGAUCAAUCCAUCUGCCGUCUUUCCCGAUACCCAGAAUUUGCAGAGCAAUGCCCGGUCGUAUCCAGAACGUCCGCUCGCAGCUGAUUCAGCUUCUUCAUUUGGCAGUUCCGACCUUGCGUCUUCAACCAGUGGCGGAUUCAAAUUUUCUUAUGUUUCGGAGAAGUGCGCCAAAAGUUCGAGACCUAAGCCCAGGAUGGCAAAGAUUAGGAAACACUUGAAAAAGUCAGAGCCUGUUGGGGAUGGCUUCGGGUAUAAUCCGUUCAAGCUGGGUCCAGAGAGCUCCGGUAGUGAUUGUUCAGCUAAUGAUUAUGCUGGUGGGGGUCGCGGCAGUGAUUGUUCUGGACUAAACGUGAACCGUGGGAGUAAUGGACAUAUUGAAAACUCUAAACAAGUGAGCGGGGCUGAGCAUGGGGAUGGGAAUCCAUUGUUUGUUUUCGGUGCUAAUAAGAGCCAAACUCGUUCAAUAACUUCAGAAUUUGUGUUCGGAUCCAAUCAGAGUAGACCGAGAUCCAUGUCUAGUGUGGAGGGUGAUGGCAAUGUGCCUGAAGCUACUAAAAGCAGCUCAGUACCGAAUUCAAUUUUUGAAAAUGCAGCACAUUUACAUUCCAAUUUGGGGCAAAAAGCUUCUGACAGGCAACCAGGCCCCUUCAAAUGCGAGAAAUUUGGGGUUGGUGAAUCAGUUCUUACUUCUAAUGUAAGUACACUGCAACGUAACGACCUGGUUUCUAAUAAGCAUAGCAAGUCUAUUAGCCUAGAUAAUAGUUCUGGUGACAGUAAGAGUUCUUCAGGAGUGGAUUUUAACUUUCAAUAUCGGAAAUUUGGUGCAAAACUGAAUGGUCCAACUACAAAUUUGUGUUCUGGGAAGAAAGAAUCCAGUGGAGGUGGCCGAUCAUCAGUCCCUGAAAUGAAUGAGACUGCUGCAUCUAUUUUUCAAUCGCAACAAAGCUUUUCAACAGAUAGUGGGCUGACAGGUUUUGUUUUUGGUGCUAAUGAUGUAAAAAGUUCAUUGUAUUCUGAUAUGAAAGCACAGAAGCCUAUUCGAAAUUGGGAAGCAUGUAAGGGGGGGAAAUUGGGUUCUGAAGUGGCAUCUGAGAAGGGGGAUUAUAAUGAAGUUUUUGUAUUUAAAGGAAGCAAUGAGUUAGGGAAAACCAGCUGUGCAGAAAGCAGCAAGUUUGAUGAGGACAUGCAUAAUUCAAAGAAUAAAGAGAAAGCACAUAUUUAUGAGAAUCAUGGGUUUGUUUUUUGUAGUCCCAGUGUUUGUGGUGCAGAUGUUUCUGAACUCUCAAACGAGUUUAAUUCAUUGAGCAUGAGUGCUAACUUGACUAAUAAUUUGAGUGGUAAGUUACAUUCUAAUAUUAAAAAUACGGGUAUGUUCUUUUUCGGAAGCAACCAAAAUCCCUUUGGUUUUUCUACCCAGUGUGGAAAUGCUGACAAGAAUUUCAACAAUCUGCAUGAGAAUGUGAAUACAAGGGAACCUGGAUAUGAUGAAAAUGUUGGGAAGGUUGAAACAGCUCAUGUCACAUCUGGUAUUGAAGAAAGGAAAACUAGCUCUUUAGGAGUAGGUAAUCAAAACGUGAUGACCAAGUCACUGAAUAAGAUUACAGAAUUCAAUUGCAGUGAGAAAAUAAGCUCCUGGAGAUCCUCUGAUGAUAUGCAUGGGAAAGAGAAUCAGCCAAUUAAGUUAAAUGAUUUGACUUUUGACGGGACCCAAUUUCAUGUCUCUCUUGAGGAUGUUGGCGUCCAGGUAAACAAUGCUGCUGCUGUAGCACCUUCUCUAAAUAAAGAUGAUAAGACUGAUCAAGCCGGCUUCAAAAGUUUUCAAUUUGGUAUGGAGGGAACAUGUAGAGAUAUCAAUGCAUUUGGCUCUAGUGAAGCCUUUUCUUUUAAAGUUAAUUUAUGUUCAGGCUUAAGCAAGAAAAUGGUUCAUGACAGCAGGAAACACGUGAGCGAUAAAAAAGUUAAAAAGAAGACCUUGAGCCGAAAAAAUAUGGCGAAAGAUCAGGCUGAUCAGAAAAAUAAUGAAUCUCCUGGCUGUGGUUCACCUAUGGACUUUUCUCCAUAUCAGAAUACCAACUCUGAAGCAAAGAAGAAAUGUCAUGAGCCAAGUGAGACUUAUCUUGAGGUUGACUCAGAGAACCACUUGGAUGAUGAGAAAAAAAAUGUUCCCUCUGCUGAAUCAUCUUUAAUAGAUGGCUUAACAGCCAUAAGGCGUCAGUACAAGAAAAAGUAUAGGACAAAGGGUUGCAAUUUAUCAAACGAAACCAGCCAACAAAAAUCUGGCUUUGUUACUCAAAUGCGAUUUCCUCGCCCGGGUUGUAAUGAUUCAUCAGAUGUCCAAAGUGGAGCUACUUCUCGCCCUAAAGGCAAUGGAGUUCAUCUACUCAAUGCUGAUGAGAGGCAUGCCAAACAAGAGUUUCCUGACUUUGAAGCAUGUGAGAAAUGUCGAAUCAGGGGAAACCUAGCCUAUAAGGCUGGUGACUUAUCCAAGGCUGAGGAGUUUUACAGCAAGGGCAUAAGAUCUUUUUCACACUUAAACAUCCCUGAGCGCUGCAUUCAGCCUCUAUUAUUAUGCUAUAGCAACCGUGCUGCCACACGAAUGUCACUUUUUAGGAUGAGGGAAGCAAUCAAUGACUGUGCAAGCGCAGCUGCUUUAGAUCCUAGUUUUCUCAAAGUAAAGCUAAGAGCUGCAAACUGUUACCUGUUACUGGGAGAUGUGAAAGAAGCAAUGGAAAAUUACAACAGCUGCUUGGAAUCAAAAAGCACGGUGUGCCUGGAUAGGAGAAUUGCAAUUGAAGCUUCAAAUGGUCUACAAAAGGCAGAGAAAGUGGCUGAUGGUUUGCAUCUGUCUGUUGAACUCUUGCAAUUGAAAACGUCUGAUGCUGCAAAACGUGCUCUUGAUAUUAUUGCUGAGGCAUUGUGUAUAAGCCUGUAUUCAGAAAAAUUACUUGAACUGAAAGCAGAGGGUCUUUGCAUGUUGCGGAUGUAUGAUGAAGCAAUUAAGCUCUGUGAGCAGACCCUUGACAUUGCUGAAAAGAACUAUGUUUGUCUUAGCAUGGAAAACAUAAAUGAUACUCUAAGGUUGUGGAGAUGGCGCAUUAUGUCAAAGUCCUAUUAUCAUCUAGGCAAGCUUGAAGCAGCUCUUCAUCUCAUUGAGAAGCAAGAGCAAUUACUUGCCAAAGAUAGAUCUGGAAAUAAUUCCCAGGAGUCAUCAAUUCCUUUAGGCACAGUUAUACGUGAACUUUUAGACCGGAAGAAAGCAGGAAAUGAAGCUUUUGAAUCUAAGAAGUUUGCAGAAGCAUUGGAUCAUUACAAUGCUGCUAUAUCAAGCAGCGUUGAAUCACGGCCUUUUGCAGCUAUCUGUUUCUGCAACCUUGCUGCUGCCCAUCAAAGUUUGGGGCAGAUUAUUGAUGCCAUUGCUGAUUGCAGUAUAGCCAUGGCUCUAGAUGAAAAUUACUCGAAGGCAGCUUCAAGGAGGGCUACUUUGCAUGAGAUGAUAAGAGACUAUGCGCAUGCAGUUACUGAUCUUCAGAUGCUUAUAUCUCUGUUAGAAAAUCAGUUGAAUGAAAAGGCACAUGAAGCCAAAUCACAAGAUAGGUCUAGUAGCAGCAAUACUCUAAAAGAAUUAAAAAAAGCUCGCCAAUGUCUCUCCUCAAUUCAGGAGAAAGCAAAAAGUGAAAUUCCUUUGGAUCUCUAUUUGAUUCUGGGAAUUAGAGCAUCAGACCCUGAAUCUGACAUCAAGAAGGCAUACAAGAAAGCAGCCUUGAAGCAUCAUCCUGACAAGGCUGUUCAGUUUUUGGCAAAAACUGAGAGCAUGGAUGGACAGUUGCGGAAGGACAUCUCAAAUAAAGUUCAGAAGGAUGCUGACCGUCUCUUCAAAAUGAUUGGGGAAGCAUAUGCAGUUCUCUCAAAUUCUGAGAAGCGUUCAGAUUACGACCGUGAAGAAGAAAUGAGGAGUGCACGCAAACAGAAGAAUAUGAAUUGCAGCGGCAACAAAUCAUCUGAAUCGUACAACUCCCCAUUUGGACGAAGCAGUUAUAGACGCUACGGGCAAGAAUCAUGGAAAACGUAUGGGAACUCCUAUUCCGAUUGGUAAACGAUUGCAGGAUUAUUGAUCUUCACUUGCGUUAUAUCUACCCCGGGGCGGAAUGAGAUUUCUUUCGUGGAACUCAGCACCUUCAAAGGCAGCCAACCAAGUUCAAAGUGAUGAAGAAAGCUUGAAGUGGGAACAGAGCUCAAAGCUGCUAACCAGAGAAUUGGCCUCACUGGAUAAAGGUUUCUAAUUGUGGACUCCUAUCACUUUUUUUUGCUGAGGACACCAACCCACUGAAGAAUAAAUACAGAGUAUUUUUAUUUUUAUUUUUGUGUAGUAGUGCUUUUGCCCAACUUGUGUGCAAGCAUGCUACAUUGCUACUGCUUAUUUAAUGUUUUUGUCCCAAAAAACAAAAGUCAUGUUUCUAAAACAUUUGUCAUAGAGAGUCAUCUUUACACAAAAAGAACGCUAUUGUUUGGAGUUUCAUGCGAUUUUGCAAAGACAAUGAAAUGAGAAAUAUGACAAAUUCAGUCAUACAAACAAAUAGUGGUGAAAUUC